AUGUCGUUGUUCAAAAAACCAACCAAGAAGAAACAACGUCAUUUGCGCAAACGUAUGGCCGAUGACGAAUUCACAGAGGAGGAGGAAGCAGAAAUUAUGUGUAAACUAGAAGGCGCGAAGGAAUUGCAAGAAAGUCGUAUACGCAAAAAUGGAUUGAAUGCUGUGGAAUGCGCUUUGGGUAAAGAGCUUGCAGCGGAAUUCAUAGCAAUGGAUGAUGAUCCAUUCCGACAGCGUGGCGGGGGCAUGCUUCGAUUAUCCGAAGGACGCCAGGCUCAAAUGCAUGCGGCAGAUAUCGAAGCUGGCAUACGUGAUCAGUUCAAGAAAGAAAGUUUUCUAAGAGAUGAGCAUGAAGAGAUGAAAAAGUAUGUGCAAGCGGAAUUACGCAAACGAAAAGCAGUUCAAGACUUGGAAGAUGAUGAUGCAACAGCGUCCAAAGUUUCAAGUAUGGAAGAUUCCCUUAUGUGGAAAGCAGCGGAAAAAGUUCGCCUCUUCAGGAGUGAACGUAAUGAUGAACUGUUAUCUAACCAAAUGCUUGCUGGUAUUCCGGAAGUGGACCUAGGCAUUAAUGCAAGAAUGAGUAAUAUUAUCGAGACAGAAAAGAAAAAGAGCGAGAUGUUGAAGGAAGUGGUUGAGAAAAGGCGAAAUCUUACUGAAGAUAGUUUAUUUAGUCAAGAUCGUUCUAAAGAUUUGGCGAAGGAUUAUGUACAGCAUUCUAUUUUUUAUAUGGAAUCAACCACACGUCUUGGCCAAGAAGACUGGCGCAAAAAGUUAGAGCGACCUGAUACUGAAGCUCAAGUAACGCUGACAGAUGCAGACAGUUUAAGAGCUGAUGCGUCAAUACAUCAAUACCGACAAUGCUUCACAUUAUAUUGUCCUAAAGGAUGUGCACAAAAUGCAUCACACUUGCGUUAUAUAAUGCGCAGCCUUGGUUAUACUCCAACUAUACCGGAAACGAUACAAUAUUUCCGUAAAUACGGACAAAAAUUAGAUUUUCCAUCUUUUUUGGAAAUAUUACAUCAGGAAAACCAGAAAGGUGAUCCAAUACAAGAAAUUAUUGGUGCACUUCGGGGAAUUGAUUCCAAAAAACAAGGCUGGAUUACGGUAUCUGAGUUCGUUGGUAUUUUAUCAUCAGUUGGUGAGAAAAUGUCACGGGAAGAAAUUUACAACGUUCUUCAACAAUUAGAUAUUACCGGUGGUCGAGUACCAUUUAGGUCAUUGUUGGAUUUCAUUUUAAGCUUCAAUACUGAUUAUACUUACGUUUCUGGUGGUAAUCACUGUGAUAUGUAUAAAUAA